UAUGCAGAAUAUGAGUACAAAUUUCACUCCUUGAUUCUUCACGCCCUUGGCAUUGGUAACUUUCCAGUUUCUAUUUGAGGAGAAAACUCAAAAGGGAAACAAUGGAGAAGAAGAAAGAAAAUCCAUUGAAGAGAAACUUUGAAGACUUAUGUAAUGAAGCUGAACAAAUGGCUGUAGAGAAGAAGCAGAAGGAAGAUUUUAUUCCAAGAGAUUAUCAGUUGGAGGUAUAUGAAGUGGCAAUGAGGAGGAACACUAUAUGUGUAUUGGAAACUGGGGCUGGCAAGACAUAUAUAGCAGUGAUGAUGAUCAGAGAAAUUAGUAAAACAUUGAGGACUGGUGAUGAGAAGAAGUUUAUUGUAUUCUUGGCACCCACUGUUCAUCUUGUUCAUCAGCAAUACGAGGUUAUACGACAUCAUACGCAGCUUGCGGUUCAAGAAUACUAUGGGGCCAAAGGAGUUGAUGACUGGAAUGUAGAAAAAUGGAAAACCGAAACUGAUGAUAAUGACGUUUUGGUUAUGACACCCCAAAUUUUCUUGGAUGCAUUGAGAAAGGGUUACAUAAAAUUUGGUAGAGUGUGCUUUCUGAUACUAGACGAGUGCCAUCGUGCCAGUGGUAAACAUCCCUAUAAAAUGAUUAUGACGGAGUUCUAUCAUCAAUCCACAAGAACAUCAAAGGUUUUUGGGAUGACUGCUACCCCUGUGACUAGAAAAGGUGUUUCAUCUUCAACAGACUGCGAGGAGCAAAUAUCAGAACUUGAAAGUCUUCUUGAUUCCCAGAUAUAUGCAACAGAGGAGAGGGUGGGGCUGGACGAAUUUGUUCCUUCUGCAAAGGAGACUUGUAAAUUCUAUGAUCCAAUAGUGUCUUCGACUUUAGAAAUAAAGGCAAAAUUGGAAGCUUCAUGGUCAAAGUUUGAUGCUGCAUUAGUUGACUUGCAGCUGUCAGUAUCAAGUCAGUACAAAGAUACAGAUGACAACUAUAUGAAUCUUUGGAAGAGAUUAUCCAAUUUUUAUGCAAAGAUAUUGUGUUGCCUUGAAAAUCUAGGCAUCAUAUGUGCGUAUGAGGCUGUUACGGUCUGUUUGGAAAAUGUCCCUGAUGACAAAGAGGAAAAUGAGAUUCUUAGGAAAAGUUCUCUCCAACAGAGAUACUUCUUGGAAGAGGCAUUGUCAAUUAUUCAGGAAUCAAUGCCACAAGACUGUGAGAGUCUUCUAGAUGUUGGAUAUGACUCGUCAGCAACACUGUCAAUGGGCCAUAUAUCUUCAAAACUGCAUGUGCUUCUUGAAAUUUUUAAAUCCCUUAGGAAAGCUACACAAGUACGCUGUCUCGUUUUUGUUGAAAGAAUUAUCACAGCUAAAGUAAUUGAAAGAGUUAUGAAGAAAAUGACCUGGUUUUCAGAUUUCACAAUAGCAUAUUUGACUGGAACAAACACAUCAGUUGAUGCACUGACACCAAAAGUGCAAAAAGAAACCUUGGAAUGUUUUCGCUCUGGAAAGGUCAAUUUAUUAUUUGCCACUGAUGUGGUUGAGGAGGGAAUUGAUGUUCCGCACUGUUCUUCUGUGAUACGGUUUGAUUUACCAAAAACAGUUCGAAGUUAUGUCCAGUCUAGGGGACGAGCUCGUCAGACUGAAUCUCUGUAUAUACUAAUGCUUGAGAGGGGAAACAUGAAGCACAGAGAACAGAUGUUUGAUAUCAUUAGGAGUGAAUAUUCUGUGACAGAUACAGCUAUAAAAAGAGACCCUGAUGUCUGUGUUGUGAAACCUUGUCUAGUGAAGGAAACUAAUGUAUAUUAUGUGGAGGCAACUGGAGCUUCAGUAACUGCAGAUUCUAGUGUCAGUCUCUUGAAUAAAUACUGUGAAAUGCUGCCCGGAGAUAAGUUCUUCUCUCCAAAGCCCAAUUUUGAGUACAUCUUGUCUGGGGACUUGUACCAGUGUAAAUUGACAUUACCUACAAAUGCAGCUUUCCAAACAAUGGUUGGUCCAGAAUGCAGGAAUAUUCAAUUGUCAAGACAGCUCGUCUGCUUGGAUGCAUGUAAGAAGCUGCAUCAGAUAGGUGCUCUGAAUGGUCAUCUUCUUCCUCUCAAUGAAAAGCCUUCCAAAAGUGAUUUGCAUGUGCAGGACAAACAUGUAGGGGCAGGAACAACAAAGUUGAAAGAAUUACACGGCACAGCUCAUAUUAGUGCAUUAUCCGGGACGUGGGGAUAUGACCCUAAUGGAGAAGUAUUUCAGGCGUAUAAAAUGAACUUCUCUUGCAACAUACCGGAAGUGAAUUAUUCCAGCUUUGUCCUUUUGCUUCAAUCAGAACUAGAUGAUGAUGUGGGAAAUGUGGAAGUUGAACUUUUCUUAGUCUCCAAGUUUGUCCAAUCAUCUGUGUCGCAUUGUGGGAAACUCCAUUUGGAUGCCCAACAGGUGGCAAAAGCAAAACUCUUCCAAGAACUAUUCUUUAAUGGGGUGUUUGGUAAAUUGUUUGUUAAAUCAUCGGGUGGAAGGAAAUUUCUACUUGAGACAGAUGAGUCUUUAUGGGAGCCAUCGAACAUGUACUUGCUACUACCACUGGAUCCUUUAGAUUCAAGUUGUGUACCUUGUAGAAUAGAUUGGGGAGGAAUUGAAUCAUCUGUGUCAGUUGUGAAAUUUUUGAAAAGAAAUGCUUGGUUAAAUGCUGAACAAUCUGAAACUACCCGGAAGAAUUCCUUAGUUGAUAGGACUGCAUCGUUUAUGGUAGAUCUCGAUCAGACAGAUUUGAUUCACUUCGCCAAUAUGUCAGUCUGUAGAAGCAACCUUACGGACAUGGUUGUUGUGGCCAUUCAUACCGGAAGAAUCUAUUCUGUUCUGGAUGCUGUUGCCAAUACUUCUGCAGAGAGCCCCUUCGAAGUAAAUUCAGAAGCUACCCAGUCACCCUUUUCAUCAUUUGCUGACUACUUCCAUAAAAAGUAUGGAAUUGUUUUAGUGUAUCCUGGACAGCCUUUGUUGCUGCUAAAGCAAAGCCAUAAUGCAUACAAUCUUCUUGUGGAUUUUCAAAAAGAAGGCGUUUCCUGUGGAACAAAUUCAAAAGAUAGUAAAAUGGUGGUCCAAAAGCCGCUGAAUAAUGUUCACAUUCCACCAGAACUUCUGGUGGGUAUAGACAUUCGGAUAGACAUCUUGAAAUCCUUCUACUUGCUACCCUCAUUAAUGCACCGUCUGGAGACCCUGAUGUUGGCUAGCGAGUUGAGGAAAGAGAUAACAAGUCAUUCAGGCGAUUUACAUAUAUCAAGCUCAUUGAUUCUGGAAGCUCUUACUAGUCUAAGAUGCAAUGAGAGUUUCUCCAUGGAACGUCUGGAGUUGCUUGGAGACUCAGUUCUGAAGUAUGCUGUUAGUUGUCACCUCUUUCUUAAAUAUCCCAAGAAGCAUGAAGGGCAGCUAUCUGAUCAGCGUUCAUGGGCUGUUUGUAACUCAACCCUCCAUAAAGUGGGAACUAGUCGCCAUUUGCAGGGCUAUAUAAGGGAUGGAGCAUUUGAUCCACGCCGAUGGACUGCUCCUGGACAGCUUUCCCUUCGGCUUUGUCCUUGUGACCAUGGGGUUGAGACGUCAGAAGUGCCUUUGGACAAGAAAUUUUUGACUGAAGAUCCCAAAGUAGUAGUUGGGAAGCACUGUGAUAGAGGGCAUAGAUGGAUGGUCUCAAAAACAAUAUCUGACUGUGUCGAAGCGCUGAUAGGUGCAUACUACGUUGGUGGUGGGUUUAUUGCUGCCCUGAAAUUGAUGAAAUGGCUUGGUGUUGAAGCUGAACUUGAACCUUCAUUAGUAGAGGAUGCGAUCAAAACUGCAUCUCUUUACUCCUAUACCCCUAAAGCUAAAGAUAUUGAAGACCUUGAGUUGAAGCUUACCUAUAAAUUUUCUGUCAAGGGAUUGCUACUAGAAGCUAUAACACAUGCUACUGUGCUAGAAGUGGACGUUAGUUACAAUUAUCAGAGACUUGAAUUUCUCGGCGACUCAGUACUGGACAUUCUCAUUACCUGGUACCUUUACCAGAAGCAUAAGGAUAUUGAUCCUGGGGAACUGACAGAUUUGCGCGCUGCUUCUGUCAAUAAUGAUAAUUUUGCUUAUGCUGCUGUGAAGAGGGAGCUUCAUGUCCAUCUUCAACAUCACUCUGGAUAUCUUGAAAGUGAAAUAUCAGCAUUUGUGAAGUCAGUCUCUGAUUCUUGUUCACUCCAAGGAAACAAAGCCCCAAAGGUACUUGGAGACUUGGUGGAGAGUAUUGCUGGAGCAAUACUUAUUGAUACUAAGCUUAACCUGGAUGAAGUUUGGAAGAUCGUCAAGCCACUAUUAUCUCCCAUCGUGACUCCUGAUAAGCUCGAACUACCUCCGUUGCGUGAGCUCAUAGAAUUGUGUGACUCGCUUGGCUACUUCUUGAAAGACCAUUGCAUGGUGAAGGGGGAUACCGUGCAUGCAGAGCUUAGGUUACAGCUGAAAGAUGAGUUGCUGGUUGCUGAGGGAUGUGGACAAACUAGAAAAAAUGCAAAGGGGCAAGCAGCUCUGAAAUUAUUGAAGGACUUAGAGUAUAAAGGAAUUUCAUCCAAGAAAAAGAAACAAGAGACCAGCCUUGUUGAUGUGCCACAUUCUUUAGGCUCUGAUGGUGACAUCUGCAGCCAAGCGAAUAAUACAUGUCCUGCUAUGGCUCCAUGCAAAAAGCAAAAGACAAUACUUUCGAAUUUAGAGACGGCCAAAGCUCAACCUAGCAGUGCUUGUAAUUCAAAUAAGGACAUCCAAGAAAUUGGGCCAAUCAACAUGAAAAAGGGUGGACCACGCCAAUCACUUUAUGAACUGUGCAAAAAACUGCAGUGGCCUAUGCCUAGUUUAGAGUCAACAGAGCGUAAAUCCAAGUCACUGAUUGAAUGCGGUGAAGGCUCUGAUAAAAGGAAGGUUUACAACACUUUUGCAUCUCAAAUCUCGUUGACCAUACCCGACUAUGGUUUGAUAGAGCUUACUGGGGAUGAAAGAGCUGAUAAGAAAAGUUCACAAGAUUCGGCUGCACUUCUCAUGCUGUAUGAGCUUGAACGACGGGGAAAAGUCAUAAUUGGUAAUCAAUGAAUUGUCAUUAGUGUAAAUUCUCACAUUCUUGCACUAACGCGUAGAUCUUAUAUAGCAUUUUAGGUCUACCUCUUAGGCAGGGAAAAACAGAAAAGUGCUAUGUAUAUUUGCUAAUUGGGAGGUAAUAACAAUCCAAUUCUUGCAUAUCAAGAGGGCAUAGCUUCCAUUCCAUACAUUAUUGGAAAUUCACUAGAAAAUAGGAAUGAACUUGCUGAAAUGUAAAAGAUAGAUCAAUCUUAUGGCCCUCUAUUUAUUUCUUACGGUUUCACUAA